CUUGCCCAGGAAGGCUGUGUGUAGUGAAAUGUGGUCGUUAACGCCUUGAGUGCUUCCAGCUUAUGAUGUAUUUCUUGCUAGCGCUUGUGUUAAUUACCGGUUGUGUUGUGGGAGGUUCCACAGCUCUAAAUAUUGACCAAGGAUGUAUUGUGAGGUCGAGCGUGACGUCGGAGUGGAGGUGGUCGGAGGCCCACAUCAGUGUCUGGUCGCCCUCUGGCAGUCACGACCAUACCAUCCUCACUAUCCAAGUCAACCUGGGUGAUGGCUACCCAGAGAAUUAUGACACCAUUACUUUCACUACAAACAACAUUAGUUUCACUCGCAUCAGUGCCCAUAUAUAUAAAGAAUCUACAACACGCGCCCUGCCUGCAGCUGUGAGGCCCGGGUGGCAGGAGUUGAUCUUCAGAGUGACGACGCAGUAUGAAGUAGUCUCCCCCGCCAUCAACACCACAUUCAACAACACCAGAUCUCAACACUUGCCCAUCAGGAGCAUUAAGUUUACCGGCAGCAACCUCACACUCGACUGUCAUGAAAAGGUGCGGGUGUGGAGGGUGGACGGGAAGCCGGUGGUGGUGCCUCUGGACAGCUCUCUACACCACUGGAUCACCACCUACGCGAAGACAGAGUCGUCCCCAAGAUUAACGCUGGGAGAGAGGACCAUUAAUCUGGGCUGGGACCACAAUAGCCUGACAACACUGGGACGCAACACGGCUCCUCUUCCUCCCUUCACUCAACAUGUCUUCACGUUGUCGUGUGGAACUGACCGCGUCAUCUACUGUGACGUCAUGCUGGGCGAGACGAGAUCGUCGACGGAGCGCCUCAUACAGAGUCAGUUGCCGGGAGGUCUGUUGGUGGAGAGGUCCUCAGACAAGGCCUUCUACUUUCUGCUCCACCAGGAGGACCCGUUUCCUCCAGCUCCCAUCCAUACUACAAUACUGCCAGACACCCUCGAGGCGACACAUCUUCCUCCAGAUAAUGGGCCUACCGCAGGAGUGAGGAGGGAGGUGGUGGUGGUGCUGGGCGCCGUGCUGGCCGUGCUGGUGGUGGCGUUCGCUGGCACACUGCUCUGGCUCACCCUCCGCCGCCGGGGAUGGCAGCAGCCCCCAGGACAACUGACCAAGACAUCAAGGCCAGACUCGACUGACUCCGAAGACGAAAAUAUUGAAGCCGAUCACAAUGACUCGACUGACUCCGAUGCUUCAGUCGAUGUGACCAGCUCUCCCGCCCGUCAUGUGGCCGCCUCGGCACCACCUCCCUCUCCAAAUCCCACAACGGCACCAACAAGACUGACAGGCUCCCAUGCUGCCUCCUCCGGGUAUAUCCAACGUGGCCGCGCACUUUUCAAGGACAGACAGCAUAACUCCAUAAUCCACAACGACUACUGGGAAUACAAGUGCAGGGAAGCAGGACGGAUCCUUCGCAUGGUCGUCCCUCAAGAACGCCUCGACCGCCUUUGCGACCAUGACACCUUGAAGAAGGAAAUUCGACCAGACUACCAACAUCGGGGAACUGGGAUUAGGAAGCCAGUCCUCUUGCGAUGUGCUAACAUAACCACACGUCUUAAUGGUUCUAACUCUCACCAACCACAGAGAUCGAAACUAUUCGUGGCUGUGCUACGGGGAGAGUCCAGGAAGGUGCAGCAGCUGGUGGCACAACAGCUGACUGUAGACGAAGAUACCUGCGUGGAAGCCCACACUCUAGGCUCCCAGCCAGUGGUCGACGCUAUGUCGUCUGCGACUCCGCCCUUGUCAAGAGAGAAUCUAAUCAUAAAAGUUAUGAAGACAUACGAGGAGCGAGUGGAGGAGGUGAUGGAGGCAGCGAGGCGCGGCUUGUACUGUGGCCGCGGGGGUGUGAACUCCCUCCUCCACGCCCAUGACUUGCUAGCCGUGGCCAGGGACGCCCAGGGACGAACCGUCCUCCACUACGUCGCCAGCUCCGCCUGUGACGAGAGCGAGGGACCUCUCUGGGGGUGUAGUGAUGUUCAGCAUUUCCUCGAUAAUCACCAGAGCCUCUUGAACGCUCGCGACUAUGACGGUCGCACGUGCCUGCUGCUACUGGCUGAGGCGGCGUCCAACAAGGAGUUGAAGACCAUCUGGAAAAAUAAGGAGGUUCCGGUGUCUGAAGCCUGGGUCAGCAUGGCCCAGCUGCUGGUCGCCAAGGGCGCUGACGCACAACUGAAAGAUUACAAUGGCAACUUGCCUCGAACUGUUGCCCUGAUAAAGGGCAAUGUCGCUGUGUCGUCUUACUUCGAUGAGGUUGGCGACGAACUUAAAGACUCACAUCAAAAACACUUUGACAAAAUAAUGUCGGCCGUUCAGAAAAACAAACUGGAGUUGCUGAAAGACUUGCUAAAGAAGCGUCAUCCACUGCUGCCGCUCGGUGCUACGUGUGACCCCCUGGUGGAGGCCAUCAAGAAGGGCUCCCUUGAGGCUGUGUUGCUUCUGCUGUGUGCUGGGGCGCCGCUCUGUGGGCUCUCCCUCAUCUCCAUCACCGCCCUGGAGGCCUCCCACGGCCGCUCACAGCUCCCGGCCAUCUUUCCCGCCCUCAUGAGGAAGGAAUACUCCAACAAGCUCCGCCACGAGGCAGGGAAAGCCACGGACCCAGGCUACACAGCGUUACAUGAAACUGUGCAGAGUUUGGCUGACGAGGUAAGAGAAAAGGGACACAAGUUCUCGUGGGAAUUCAUAGACCAAUGCAGGGAUAAAAAAGAACGUAGCGAGAAGGCCAGAAUCAUUCUGUGUAAAGCAGCAAGUCUUGGCAUGUCUCUCACUUGCCAGAUGUUGGGGCUUGAGGACGUCUACCUUCAUCCUCUACCGAGCGACGUUCAAAGACUACCUCUUGAACGUUUAAUAAAGAGUAGUCAAUAUGACACUCUCUAUACAUUACUUAGAGAUCUGAAGAUGCCCUUAGUCACCGUUAUCGAAGAGAAAAUCCCUGAGAAACUCUCUCAGCACGUUGUGAGAUCUGAACUGGAGCAGCUAGAAAGGUUUGUCAGCAGAAUAGUAACGGAUAUAGACUUAGUGAAGCACGUAAAAGAUGCUUGCGACGGUAAAUUGGAGGGCAACCUGCACGAAACUGUUUUGGCAAGCAUAUCCCGCCUGGGAUUAGUAUUAAUAUUUCACAAAAUUAGAACAAAUAUGCAGAAUGUUGAUGUUAACAGUAUUGUUGAGGAACUGACAGGAACAACGAUGCUACAUCUGGCUGCCCUCUACGGUAAUCUGGGUAUGGUUGAGUACCUGCUCUUCCGCGGAGCCGACGUGCAGGCAAGAGACAAAGCAGGACUAACCGCGGCCCACCAGGCUGCCGUAAAGGGCAACAUGGAAUGCAUGGAGUACCUGCAUGGCUUCAUGCUUUUCAAUAAAAUAAAUUUAGACCAGCCUUCAGAUGCUGAAGUAACAGCAGAGGAAUUAGCUAAUGGGUAUAAAAACCAAGUCAAUGACUAUAAAUUGGUGCUCUUGUCUGAGGAAUAUAGACUGGAGGCACUCAGCGAACCUUUAUUUGCCAAGAAAGCCAAACUGGUGUUGGAGAAAAAGGAGCAGGAAUUAAAAAUUGAAGAUAUUGAGUCGUUGCGCGCAGCUGCCCGUGAAUGGUACUGUGAAGAGGUAGGCGAGAAGGUGAAGCAGCUACAAAAUGAGAUGUGUCUAUUCUUACAAGAAGUUGCCAAAACUGAUCCACGGUUCAUGGGAACACCUUUUACCAGAUCUUCACACGCCGAAGCCAAGUUAAAACUUGUUGACUCACUUGAUAUUUUCUGGGAAAUUAACACUGAAGAACUCCGAGACUUGAAGAUUGAACACGAAAAACAAGUUGAAGGACAGAAGUGUAUCGUAUCUCUGGAACCUUUCAAAAGUCAAGAAAGUUCUGAAACUUUUUACUUUAGAAAUAGUUUUGUAAAAGCAGUAAGACAAACACUUGAAAAUUACCACUUUAAAUUAUCUAAACUUUGGUUAAUAUAUCCUUACGUGGUGCAGACGGACAUCGGACUGUCGCUGUACUUUGUGUGGUAUACUGAUGGAAGAACUGCCUUGCUGAGAGUACAUAUCGUGCCUGUGAUCAAAGUUGAUUAUCCAGACGAUAAUCUCGUCUGGAUGAAGGAGAGACAGGAUAUAAUUCCCUCAUUGUUAAAGGAAUGUAUUGACCAUAAAAUCCCCAUUCACUUGGCCAGAAACAGCGAGGGCUCCUGGACCUACAUUUCUACAAAGAUGGAAAACAGAAUAUUCAGCCAGCAGCUGUCUGAAGACCAACGGCUGGUGUACCUGGCAUGCAACAUGAUCACCAAGAUACUCUUCUCGUGCUGGUGGUUCCCUGUGCAACACAGUCGUCGACAUGGUCGCGCCUGGCACCUCUACUCUCUCAACAUUAGAACGCUUUCUGACGUGCUCCUGAGGUCACUCUUCCUCGAGGAGCUGAGUGGGUCACAAGAGGCGGACUGGGAACCCUCCAAGUUCUUGGAGCGAAUGAUAUCAAUAUUCCAGAGAGCCACUUGCAUCAGUAACGAUGGAAAAAUUAAUCGAAAGAGGAACAUUCCUCUGAUUUUAGACCCGCUUCACGCAGCCCAAGACGCCAACUUCAUCGUCACAGCCGUUGUGAAGCACCUCAAGGAACUUAAAGAUCGCUACUCGGGCUCAGGAACACCUGAAGGAACUGAGACAUCACUGCAAGAAACAGUGAAACACGGGUCCCCAGGAACACCUGAAGGAACUAAGAUAUCACUGCAAGAAACCGUGAAACACGGGUCCCCAGGAACACCUGAAGGAACUAAGAUAUCACUGCAAGAAACAGUGAUACACGGGUCCCCAGGAACACCUGAAGGAACUGAGACAUCACUGCAAGAAACAGUAAUACAUUGGCUCCCAAGACACCUGAUGGAACUACGGGAGAGAUUCAUGGGUCCCCAUAAACACCGGAAGAAACUACGGGCCCGUCACAUGUGUCCCCAUGAACACCGGAAGAAACUACGGGCCCGUCACAUGUUUCCCCAUAAACACCGGAAGAAACUACAGGAUCGUGACAUGGAUCCCUAUGAAUCCUUAUUGAAACACUUGCCCCGUGACAUGGAUCGCCAAGAACACCGGAGAAAAAGCAACACAAAUACAAUUAGCCAUAUUGACUUCAAUAUGGCUUAG